UACUCUUUAUUUUUUUUUCAUGUAGAAGUGGUAGAAGACUCGCAAAAGGCAUAUCAAGAAGCAUUCGAUAUAGCCAAGUCCAAAAUGCAGUCCACUCAUCCAAUUAGACUUGGCCUUGCCCUAAAUUUUUCCGUAUUUUAUUAUGAAAUUAUAAAUUCACCAGCAAGAGCAUGCCAUUUGGCAAAACAGGCCUUUGAUGAUGCAAUAGCAGAAUUGGACACACUAAAUGAAGAUUCUUAUAAAGAUAGUACCCUCAUAAUGCAGCUGCUCCGGGAUAACCUCACACUUUGGACGAGUGACACACAGGUAUUUUAAGGA